AUGUCAUCUGCUCUAAGUGCAUGGCUCUUCUUCAACGUUCUUCUCAUACUCCCUUUGCCACAUACCGUCUCUGCUGCAGCUCACAGGAUGCCUGGUAAUGGUACAUGUCAGAACACCUGUGGCACAAUCCCUGUGAAGUUCCCCUUUGGUACAGGAUUCGGUUGUGGGCACCCUGACUUUGCAAGAUAUGUAAAAUGCAGCUAUGGAGCGCUUCAGUUCUCUACAGGCACAGGUAUUUACAAUAUUUCUUCUGUCGAUUACCAGAGCAGCACCAUGAUUGUUGCAGAUCCUUUCAUGUCAACUUGUUCUUCAAUGGAGAACUCUGGAAGCUUUCGUUUGGAUCGAGCCAGCCCGUUCACUUUGACACCAGAUAAUAUUUUUGUCUUGCUUGGGUGCUCCACAACAUCAACAUUGUUUGAUCCAGAUGAUGACUUAUGCGAUACUGGAUCAGUUCUCGGAUUUGUAGAGGAAUGUAUUCCUGCAAAGGAUACAGCUUAG